CUUUUAAUAAUAACGUCCGACUGGAAACACGCUUCAAACGGGAACUAUUGUUCCACUGGGAGCUGCAAGAAACGUAACACUGAAACAUUGCGGAGUUGUCACUUUUUAAAGUAAAAGAAAAAUUGAAACACAUAAUAAGAUGUCUGCAGAGGCUGUCACCCUGGAUCUGCUGAGAGAAGCCAGGGAGACGGUGAGAGGCAGCCCACUGGGUGUCAUCAACACUCCCAUGAUCCCCUGGGGCCAGACAACCCUGCCUCUGGACAUCCACUGCAACAUCCACAUCAAACUGGAGAACAUGCAGAGAACCGGCUCGUUCAAGAUCCGUGGAGUGGCCAAUCAGUUUGCCAGGAGAGAGAAGGGUGGUCAUUUUGUCACCAUGUCUGCUGGGAACUAUGGGAAGUCUUUUUCGUACGCCUCAAAACACUACGGGUCAAAGGGCAAGGUGGUGAUGCCUGAAACAGCCCCUGCGUCCAGAUCCAUCCUCAUACAGAGCUUUGGGGUGGAGGUAGAACGAGUUCCCACUUCCUGUAUGAUGGAUGUGGUGACCCGCUGUGUUCAGGAGGACAACAUGACCUUCCUGCACUAGCAGGACAUGCUAGGUACACUCAAAGGCCAUCAUCUAGGUAUGGAGGUGCUGGAGGUGAUGCCCCAGCCUGAUGUGGUGGUGGUGUGCUGUGGUGGGGGGGGGCUACUGGCCGGUGUGGCCGCCGCUAUCAAACUGUCAGGAUGUGAUAAGACCAGAAUCUAUGGUGUGGAACCAGAAGGAGGUAAAACUGCUUACAAAAGCUUCAUUGAGAAGAAGCCAGUGGGCAUGGACACCAAGAGCAUCGCUUCAGGACUUGCACCCCCAUUUGCAGGCAAACUGCCCUUCGAGCUAUGUCAGCGCUACGUGGAGGGGAUUGUCCUUAUAAACGAUGAGGAGAUCAAGGCGGCGGUCUCCACCCUGUACAGCUCCGGCCUCGUGGUGGAGGCGUCCGGCUGCGCUGCUUUCGCUGCCAUCGUUAACAACAAGAUACCCGGGCUGGAGGGGAAGAACGUGGUGUGCAUCCUCAGUGGAGGGAACAUCGGGAAAGACGAGCUCGCCAACUUCCCAGGAUGACAAAUGUACACAAGCAUGAUGUGACUUUUCUUAGUGAAACACACUGAGAAAAAAACAACUAUUCAGGGCUUCUGAUUUGGAAAUACUUAAUAAUAUUAGGGCCAUUUUGUCUGUAAAUAUAAUUAUUCUAACUAUAUGAUGCAGUGGGAUUUUACUUGUCUGAAAUCAUGAUGAAAUAUGUUAUCUUUGUACCAUAACCUUUAUUUUGUACACAUUUUCUAUAAGCUUUUACAAUUUGCAUUGUAGGUGCCGCAUUAUUAAGAAGAAUAACAAAAGUUCAAUGUAAUUUUGUUUUUUCCAGAGUGUGCAAUCACUUUUAAUAAACAUCUCUUUCUCAAUUAA